AUGCAACAAAUUUCUUCAUGCAUUGUUCGAACGGAUGUUUCACGGAGCAUGUUAUCUUCUUUUUUGCAACACAACAACACUCUUCGGAAUUAUUUAAUAUGUAAAACUAAUUCACGAGUGAUGAUGCAUUUGAUGAAUCAUACUCAUCUAGACACAAGAGAAUUUUCAUUAAAUAGUAACCUGCCAUAUUUACAUCAUCACAACAACGCGAAUGAUGAUGAUGCAUUAACAACACAAUGCCUUUCGUCAAAUCCUCUCAAAUCCUUGCCGAAUGAUUGCUCAACAAUUCCAAUUUCAAUUUAUUUUCAUUGGCCUUUCUGCCAAUCUAUAUGUUCCUACUGCGAUUUCAAUAGAUACAAACGAGAUUUGACAUCCAUUCAAAAUUUAGAUCCUCACAAUUCUAAUAACAAUAUUGGAUAUCAAAUGAUGAAAACCUAUUUAUUAAUAUUGGAAGAUUUUAAACGACAAAUGAAAAAUUUAAAUCCACAAAAUAAUUAUGAACUCGUUUCAAUUUUCUUUGGUGGUGGAACUCCUUCAACAAUGAAUCCUCUCAUGAUGGAAGAAUUAAUUUCAAAAAGUAUGGAAAUAUUUUCCUCGAACAGAGAUGGAGUUGAAAUUUCGAUGGAAGCUAAUCCAACAUCGAUAGAGUCAGCAAAGUUGUUAAAUUUUCACAAAGCAGGUAUAAACAGAUUGAGUAUUGGAGUCCAAAGUUUUGAUAGUGAUUGUUUGAAAACUCUAGGUAGAGAACAUUCCGUGGAUGAGGCAAUGUAUGCAAUUGAGAAUGCAAAAAACAUUUUUGGAAAUGACUCUCUUUCCAUUGAUUUAAUGUUUGGUUUACCACAACACAAGACAAAUAGAACAAUAUGGGAAAAGACGUUGAAGAAAGCUUUAAGCUUAGAUCUUGCACAUAUUUCGCUCUAUCAAUUGACUAUUGAGAAGAACACAAAAUAUUACAAAUUGUUUAAUGAAGAGAAAGAUUUACCAAACGAAGACGAGUAUAGCUACAUGUAUGACUACACCAUUGACACAUGCCACAGUGCUGGCCUUGAAAUGUAUGAAGUGUCUAAUUUUGCUAAACCUGGAAAAGAAUGUAAACACAACAUUAUGUAUUGGAGAUCUAUUUACGACUUUGUUGGAAUUGGACCAGGUGCUCAUGGAAGAUUAACAAACUACGAGACACGUCAACGGUAUUCAACGAUUCAGGUUUUAAAGCCUGAAGAUUGGAUUGAAAAAGCUUCACUAGAUUUCUCAACACGAAAUUCCAAUCCUGCAUUACUGUUGGGAAACAUUAAGCAAGAAAAUCUUUCUGAAAUGCAACAAAUUGAGGAGCUGUUCAUGAUGGGUUUAAGAAUGGCAAAAGAAGGAGUCAAAGAGAGCUCUCUCAAAUACAUCAACUCGAGUAUGACUUUUGAGAAAUUAUUCAGUUCCAAUUUGAUCAAUAGAUUAAUAGAACAUGACUACUUGUCAUUGGUUGAAGAAGCAGAGGAACGUAGGAUGGUGGCAACGAGGAAAGGAAUUAAUGUGCUGGAUAUUUUGCUGGGUACUUUGUUUAGUGAAAAUCCAAAUAAUUAA